UCAAGUCCGUGGCACACAAACAAAGCAGCACACAAAAACCGAUUUCGAGCUCAGAGCUCAAAAAACGAGAAAAAACGUAGCUAGAAAAAUGUUGACCACAAUGAGAGGCAGCGCAAAGAAACUAUCCAACUGGCCACUGACCCAUUUUCGCAGAUUCCCGACUUUGAUUAAAUCCUACGCAAGUCCCGAAGAAAAAUUUGAGCAAAAACCUGAGGAAGUGGACGGUGUGUCCAAUAUGAAGCUACCCUACUUUAUAAGCCCAAAAUGUGUUCAAAAUCAGGAUCAACUGGUUGAUGGGCAGACUAAAAUGUUCACAUACAACUAUCACUCAUUUUCGAUUUACGACUUAAAUGAAGCUACUCUUCGCGCCAAACAAUCAGCAGAUGAGUACUCAAAGAGAAUUGAUGAGUUGCAAAAGCGAAAGAUUGAAUAUGUAAACAAGUAGUUGGUGACAAAAAUCUCAUAAAUAAAUAAACCAUGAUAUCAUACAAAUAGGAUUUAAUUAUA